CAGCUCCUUCAGGCCAAAAAACUACUCCAUCAUAAAACACAAGCAAAAAAACAAUCACACUAUCAUUCCAUUUGAUGUCUCCCUUUCUCUAUAAAACCACCUCCUCACCCCUCUCCUUUUUCACCAUGACACACCAAGCUAUGUCUAAGUGUGAAAAAAUGGUUGACGGCGGCGAAGAUCGGCUGAGGGCGGUGAGCUUCGCGGCCGGGACAGCGGCGUUCAUGGCGUGCAUUGAGCGAGCAUUUAUGGUGUCUGUGUUCAUGCAUUGGCGAGUGUGGGCGUUUCUUGCUCUGAAUCUCCUGCUCUUAGCCAUUCUCUUCACUUCCAAAUCGCAGAACGCAGAAUCCAACCAAAUCCAAUGCAAGAAUGGGGGUGAUGAAGCGGAGGUCAAGAGGAGUAAGAAGACUAGGCAUAGGCAGCGCAAGCAACUGCUUCCGACUGAGAAAUGCGUUGUGGCGGCGACAGAGGAGGCGCCGCCACCGCCACCGCGUGAAGUUGAAGUUGAGAAUGGUGAGAAUGAGAUUGAAGGGAAGUUGGAUGAAUAUGAUGAGCUAUCGGAGGAGGAAUUGAAGCAGAGAGUGGAGAAUUUCAUUGCUAUGUUUAGGCAGCAUUUGAUUUGUGAUGCUAAGGGUGCCCAAAUUGUGGGAUGUGCUAAUGUUAUUGCUUCACGUGUAUAUUGAUUCAUCAAAUUUUGAAAGUAGUAACGAACAUAUUUUUUUUA